UUCCGCAGAGUGUACUAGUGUGUUGUAUUCGAUCUUUCAAAUUCGUCAAUGUCUAUCGUGAAUUUACAUUACACAAAUUCCAAUGAAACAUUCACAAAGAUUAUAUCGAUUAGUUCAGAAACUACUACACAUUCGAAAGCCACAAACAUUGACCAUAAAAUUUUUAAUUUAUCGGCUCUUGGAAGAAAAUACCGACCAAGUAAAAUCUCUAUAUACAUUCGGUGGAUCAAUUGACCAUACAAAUAAUUGAAUAAAAGAUCCAAGGAUUAUUAGAAAACCAAAAUUCAUUGGUGGACAAUGGCACGCGAGACAUUGAAGAACCGACACGUAGGAGGUGAGAAAGAAAACAGACAUAUAAUUGAGCAAAUGAAUAGGACAAUAAUGCUGUAGAAUCGGAAGACGAAAGUGGGAGGAAGGAAAUUGACAUGUUGUGGUGGGAGUGAGUUUCUUAAUAGUCAAGCUUUAAAGUACAACGCUUAUUGGGGUAAAAGCGCAGUAAAGCCACGUGUCGCGCUUGUCAAACCAGUUAAUUUUCAUUGUAACCAUUUUCUAGAUGAUAAAAUGAAAAAAGGACUUCUAAUGUUUUUUAUCUAUUUAUUGCUUCGUCUGUGAUAAUUUCAACCAAGUCUAAAUGUGAAAGUUUCGAACUUUGAGACUAUUUCAAAUAUAAAUAUUUGUUAAACUGAUAAUCAAAUUGAUCAAAUAUCCAGUUGGACAGUCGACAAAUUGCGAUGCAUCCAUUGGCGCAGAAAGCAAGAAGAUUAAAGGCAGUAUAUAAAUUAUUUUUACGAAAUUAUUUUAAUAUAGAAUAAAAGUAUUCACUACAAAAUCAACAAGAUGUAUGCAUGAAAUUUGAUGAGAUAUGCUAUAUUUGAAGACAAAAGUAGUAUUAGUUAACUCAUUCGAAGAAAAGACCGCGCUUUUCGAAUAUGAUGGAAGCUAGAAACAAUAAUGAAAAUUCUCUCUGGGUAUUCGGAUACGGAUCUUUGUGCUGGUAUCCAGGUUUCAAGUACAAAAGAAGCGCCGUCGGUUAUAUACGGGGAUUCAGUAGGAGAUUUUGGCAAGGGAAUACAACACAUCGUGGCACAAUUGAAAAGCCUGGACGUGUGGCGACAUUAGUCGAGGAUAAGGAGGGUAUUGUUUAUGGCCGAGCGUUCCAAGUCCAGGAUAACGCAGCGUUGCCUUACUUGGAAAAUCGCGAAUGUGCUUUAGGAGGAUAUGUAACGACAAUUACCACAUUUUAUAGCCGCGUUGGCAAUAGAAGUUUUCCAGUUAUUGUCUAUAUUGCAACCAAUGAAAAUGAACACUGGCUUGGUGAGGCUCCGCUCCUGAAUAUUGCUAAACAAAUUUCCGAGUGCUCGGGCUUAAAUGGACACAACGUUGAAUAUCUUUUACGAUUAGCAGAGUUUAUGCAUCGUUAUCUACCAGAAGCUCAUGACGAACAUUUGUUCACGUUGGAAUUAUUAGUACGUUCGAGAAUAAAAGAAAUGGACAUGUGUUUAACUACGCUAAUGGGUAACCGAGACUUCAGUAUUGAUCUCGAGGACAUCGAAAUUGAAGUUAAAGAUGAAAAUGAUUUAGCCACUAACAAUCUCAGGAAAAAUUCCUUUCAAUUUACUUUACAAGUACCUGAUAAGACUUACAGGCGUUGCCUCAAAAUGUAA